GGCGACUCCGCCCGGUGACUCCCCGCUCGCUUCUCUCGCGACACUCGCCCCGCAGCUCCACGCCCCUGCACCGCGGCUGCCCCGCGUCCGCAGGAGCGUCCGGACCCCUUCGGCGACAGCAUGCUGGGCGUGAUCAAGAACUCGCUGUUCGGGAGCGUAGAGACGUGGCCUUGGCAGGUCCUGAGCAAAGGGGACAAGAAAGACGUCUCCUAUGAGGAAAGAGCCUGUGAAGGAGGCAAGUUUGCCACCGUGGAAGUGACAGAUAAGCCUGUGGAUGAGGCUCUGCGCGAAGCAAUGCCCAAGGUCGUGAAGUACGUGGGGGGCACCAAUGACAAAGGAAUUGGGAUGGGGAUGACAGUCCCUAUCUCCUUUGCGGUGUUCCCCAGUGAGGACGGCUCCCUACAGAAGAAACUCAAAGUUUGGUUCCGGAUCCCAAACCAAUUUCAAAGCAACCCUCCGAUUCCCAGUGACGAAAGCGUCAAGAUUGAGGAGCGGGAGAGCAUCACCGUCUAUUCCCUGCAGUUUGGUGGUUAUGCCAAGGAGGCAGACUAUGUAGCCCACGCCGCCCAGCUGCGCGCUGCCCUCGAGGGCACAGCCACCUACCAGAGCGAUGUCUACUUCUGCACAGGAUAUGACCCUCCCAUGAAGCCCUACGGACGUCGCAAUGAGAUCUGGCUGAUAAAGACAUGAGUAACUCACUAUGCCAAGAACUUCCCUGGCCAAGAGCAUCUGUCUCAUUGAUCUAGAAAAUUCUGGGGCAGACCAGAAAAACUCUAACAGCAUUUUCCCAGCCACCUGGAUCACUAAAAACUGAUGCUUAUAAAUGAUUGAAUUUGUAUUUUUGUUAUUGGGGUGAAGAUGUGAUUUUAGAUGAUCUUUUGUGAUUCUUAUAGGAGCUUUGUCUAAAAAAGAAACUAAAAAUAAAAUCUUUGACUUACACAGCUAA